AUGGCCAACAUUUUUCGACGUCUGCGCAGGGGUAUUAAGUCCCGACGGCCAACCUCUGAGGACGCAUCCACCAAACUUACCGAGCUAGAGCAAGAACUAUCUCGAGCCAUGAAUGCAGUGUACGACCUUCAGACGCGGCUCGCAGAACACGAUUUUAUGCUCGCACACACUACCUCAAGUAACCCCAGUCUCGCUAUUCCCCCUUUUCCAUCUGAUUCCCACUCCCUACCUGACAUUCCUAGAACAAUUUCACCAACAGAAAUAACGUCAACCUCUAUCGAUGAUAUCUGGCUCUGUGCAUGCAGUGGCUCAUUACUGGUAGACGCGGAAGAGCGGUGGCAACUUGACGAGCCAGACCUUGCAAUGGAGCUUGCCUCGCAGGUCAUUAGCCAAAACCCCUUUCUGUGCGAACUGGAUGAGAUGCGAUGUCGACUUUUUAUCGCUGCCGUUCAACACUAUCUUUGCCAAUAUGAAGACUCCAUGGCGAGCUUAGAAAAGGUUAUGCAAAUUAACACGAGCUAUACCGUCUUAAGCAACCCAGAAUCAAGCAUUAUCGCCGGCAUUACUCAUUUUAUCAAAGGAAUGAACCUCAUGAAACUUGGAAGGUUCCCAGAGGCUUACACAUCGCUCACUCGAGCACUGCAUAUACCAGGCUAUAGCGAAAUGGCCCGUGAUGUCCAAAGGGAGGCUGUCAUUGGGUUUACUUGCGUAGAGGCCGCUGAGUUUGAUCACUCUCCGGCAGCGUCCACCCACGCAUUAUUAGACUGGGAAGAUAGCGAUCUUAAAAAUAUAGAUAAUUUCUAA